AUGAUUUUUAUUAUUUUGUCUACUACUACUACUACUACUACUACUACUACUACUACUACUACUACUACUACUACUACUACUACUACUACUACUACUACUACUACUACUACUACUACUACUACUACUACUACUACUACUACUACUACUACUACUACUACUACUACUACUACUACUACUACUACUACUACUACUACUACUACUACUACUACUACUACUACUACUACUACUACUACUACUACUACUACUACUACUACUACUACUACUACUACUACUACUACUACUACUACUACUACUACUACUACUACUACUACUACUACUACUACUACUACUACUACUACUACUACUACUACUACUACUACUACUACUACUACUACUACUACUACUACUACUACUACUACUACUACUACUACUACUACUACUACUACUACUACUACUACUACUACUACUACUACUACUACUACUACUACUACUACUACUACUACUACUACUACUACUACUACUACUACUACUACUACUACUACUACUACUACUACUACUACUACUACUACUACUACUACUACUACUACACUGUAG